AUCGCACGAGCAGCUACGUUAUUCUGCGUUGACUAUGUGAUAGUUUAUGACGAAACUUGCAAGAUGACGCAAGAGAAUGUAGCAGCGUACUGGUCUGGAAAGUGGAGAGGAGAUGUGCCAUUGUCAGAUGCUAAUUUUGAGGCUUGCUUUCACUUAGCUCGAAUAUUGGAAUAUGUUGAAUGCCCACAAUACUUGAGGAAGUAUCUGUUUUCAUUCCAGAAACCGCUGAAAUAUGCAGGUGAAGGACAUGAGAUUUGUCUCCUAAAUCCUCUUGAUGCACACCAUCAUCUGCGAAGUGAUGAUCUUUCCAUUCCAUUCAGAGAAGGAGUGAUCCUAGACAAACCAAUAAAAGCUGGUCGUGGAAUGCUUUGCGACGUCGGGUUGGAAAAAGAACUUGAACUAGAGGAUAAGAUUCACAUUCCUGCUUCUACACGUGUCACCGUCGAGAUAGCAAAUCUGGGAGCAGGUAUCUCUUCACCUUCUCGUUAUGCUUUUUCGAUUUAUGGUUCCACUUGCACCUUAAUUUCAUCUGAAGAAAAGGAAGGCCAAUUCUUUUUAUAUGAGAUGGAUACUGCCUCGAAGGGUAUGAAACGCUGAUU